AUGAGCGCCACCAAGAUAGGAUACCUUCUAGUUCGCACGAUAGCGAAGCCAAUUGCGAAUGGCAUAAAAAGCUAUAGCAAAAAUCACCCGAGCUUUCGACGACUUUGUAUUAAUGUAGCGCAGGGUUGGGGAUUUAACCUUCCAUGUAUUAUUGUUACCACAAAGGCGGCAUACCGUUUUGAAAUUAAAUUAAAUAUGAAUCUUUUGGGACAAAAAGGGGACAGCAAGAUUCGUGCAUUGAAUAGUGCAAAGGCAGUGGAAAUGGGAGCCAAUUUCCUAGGUGAGGCCAUUAUAUUUGGGGUCGCAGCAUCAUUGAUUCUAUGGGAGCAAACAAGGUCACACAAAUUGUCUAAGAGUCGACAGUAUAAUUUGGAUGAAGCCAUAGAAAAGUUAAAGGACGAAACGAGGGAAUUAAAAGCUAGCAUAGAGAAACUCCAAGAUAAUAAUGAGAACUUAAAAAACUUAUUGAACCAAGCUUUAACAGAAAGGACAAAAUCAAGGUGGCAAGUUGUAAAUUUUUCGGAGGGUAAUGGAUAUGACCAAAAUGUCGGUCAACGGGAAGAACGUCAGGAGGAUCAAGUCA